CGGCUCGGCGUGCAAUCGAGUUGACAUACGCGCGAACAGAUUCAUAGCCAGUUAUUUUUGGAGCGGCAAGUUAAAGCCAGACGACGCAUAUUUUCGAAGAUUUUGAUGAGGAAUAUGCGAACUGUGAUCGUUGAAUUGUAAUAAUACUUUUAUCGCAAACAUGGUGAAGCUAAUUGUACCAAGAGUGCAUUGUGCAAGGUUUACACGAUGUUUUUCAGCCAAAUCAAAGCCUGUACUUAAUGAUACAGCAUUUGAUUCGUCUAAUGAUGAAAUAAAAUAUAGACAUCAUCCGGGCAUCAUCAAACCUAAAACUCCAGAGUUUCCAAAUUGGGCAUUAAAAGAAAUACAAAUUAUUUUGAAAGAAAAACAGAUAAAAUCAAAAGAAAUUAAAGAAAGUGCAAAGAACUUAAUCUGCCACUUGAAUGGCCGUCUUCUACCAUUAGAGCAAUCUAAACUUUCAGCAAAGUUACAAAAAGUAGAAGAACGUUUAAAUGCUAAUAACAAUGGAGAGAAGAUAUCGAUUAAAGACAUAGAUUUCAGUAAGAACAGAAUAGCUAGGAAUAUUUUGAAGCAAAACGUUUAUAACUGGCAACCGAUAACUUUCGAUAAGCUCACUUGUCUCACAUACCUGGUUGGCAGAAGUGUACAGAAUUACACAGUUUUAUAUAAAAUUCUAAAUGAGAUCAAAGUACGCGACAAAGAUUUCAGGCCCAAAACAUUGUUCGACUUUGGCUCUGGCACUGGUACAGUCAUGUGGGCAGCGUCCGAAAUCUGGCCGGAUUCGCUGAAGGAAUAUCUUUGUGUCGACGUAUCGGAAUCAAUGAUUGAACUGUCAGAAAGAUUAGCGAAAGCUGCUACACCUAAAAUUAAAAACAUUUUCUAUCGUCAAUAUUUUCCCAUGUCUGUAAAUCCUCAUGAUAUCGUGGUGAGCGCGCAUUCUUUAUUCGAAUUGCCGAAUGUGAAUACGCGUCUCGAAACGAUAUUAGAUCUUUGGAAAAAAACUGAAAACUACCUGAUCAUUGUAGAGCAAGGAACAAAUGCGGGUUUUAAGCUAGUGAAUGAAGCGCGAGAUUUCAUCCUCAAGUAUGUGAAUUCGAAAAAUAGACGGGACACGCAAUUCGCUCACGUUUUUGCACCUUGUCCGCACGAUUUGAAGUGUCCGAGAUUCGCCACAGACGAUACUCCGUGCAAUUUCAGUGUUCUGUAUCAUCCAUUGCGAAUUAUGGACAAUUCUAAUCACAAGUCCGAACUCUACUCAUAUGUCGUCUUGAAGAAAAGCAAACGUCCUGAGGACGACGAACAGUGGCCGCGGAUCGUGCGAUCAGUAUUGAAUCGUUCCCAACACACGAUUUGUCGCAUGUGCGUCGCCAGCGGCGAGCUGAAGGAGGACAUCUUCACAAAAUAUAAGAAUGGAAAGCAUAUCUAUCGCACCGCGAGAUGCAGCGAAUGGGGUGACAGAUUACCUUUGCGCUAUGAUCAGCAGCAGGAAAGCCUAGGAAAUGACACAAUUAAUGUAGAAACAACUAAUGAAACAACUACUGUAGAAUAAGGAAAUAAAGUUUCGUUAAAGUAAUAAAGUGUGUAACUUGCUGUUG